CGCCGGUAUGCGGAGCUAAUGAUGCGGAGUCGCUGUCAGUGCCGUUGCUGUUGAGAGUGACACUGCCUCUGGCCUGAGAUGGGCAGCCGGAAGCGGGGGCACCCUAACCUGCCGGACAAAGGCUUCGGGCGCCCCUCGGAAAAGUGCCCCUGCCGAUCUGAUGGGAAGCGGGGCGCUGGCUACCCCCGCUCCUCCCCGGAGCACCGGUCUCUGCUGGACUCGCUGGAGAGCCGUCUGCGGAAGGGGCUGCCCAUCCUGCCCCUGCUGCUGGAGUGCCAGGACGAGCUGGAGCAGGCCGUUGGCUCGACGGAGCUGAGGCGGAUAGACGUGUUGCUGCUGAUCCGGGCGCUGGGGGAGGCGGUGGCAGAGAUCCCUGAGGGCGAGGGGGGGGAGGAGGAGGAGCGGAAGGGCAAGGGGCUGUUGCUGGCCAUCCUCCAGCCGGUACUCCAAUCCUCCUUCUUGCUCCGGCACCUGCUCCGGUUCGUGGCCGGGAUCGGGGAGGCCACAGCAGUGGUGGUAGAGGUGGAGGUGGAGGUGGAUGCCGUGGAGACCCUCCUACGGAAACUGAUCCUGGUCGACCCCGAGGCCGUUCGGCCCCUGGUCCACGUGCCGGCUGACUUGCUGCACGCUCGGCUACAGAGGCUGCAGAGCCAGGGGCUCAGCCUCCCCUGGCCCACCCGGCGGCGGCUGUGCGACCUGCGGCAGACCGUCAACGCUCAGUUCCCCCCUGCCGCUCAGCUGCUCCCGGAGGAGGCCGCCUUCAGCGAGUUGCGCCCCCGGGACAUCCGCCAGCUCCCCGUCGUCCCCACGCCUGAGGAACUGCUGUGCGGCCCGGACCCCUGGCUGCAGCCUAACGUGGUGCAGGGACCCCACGCCAGUACCCGGGCUUACUUGGAUGCCCUCUAUCGCCUGCUGCGCGAGGACGUGCUCAGGCCACUGAGGGACGGGCUGGCUGCUUGCCUGAUCGCACCUGCCCUGCGCCGCAAACUGCCCGGCGCCCUCAAGGCCUUCCGGGGGCUGCGGCUCCUGGGCCCGGACUGCCAGUGGGAAGGAGUCGCGUACAAGGCUGUUCUGAAACUCGGCCGUGGCUUGCCCCCGAAGUGUCUGGCCAAGGGCUCCCUGGUCUGCCUCUUCGCCACUGACUGCGAGCAGGUCUUCCCCGCCACUGUGGUGAAAAGAAAUGCCCAAGGUUUCCUGUGGCUGCGCUUCACUGCCAGCCACCGGGACCUGUCCCGCCAUCUCUACCGACACACCUUCUGCAUGGUGGAGUCCCCAGCCUUCUUCGAGCUCUACCGCCACGUCCUGCGGGGUCUGCAGGAGACGAAGCCUGCCCACCUCCCCUUCCAGCGGUACCUGGUGAGGUGCAGACGCCACGUCCGCCCACCACCGUAUCUCCCACCGCACGCCGCCCAUUUCGACAUGCAACCUCUGCUUGGGAGCAGCAGCGUAGCCAAGACGUGGAAUGGACCGGAUGAGGACGUGGGGCUGCUGCAGGAGGAGGGGACGGAGAUGGAUCACGUCAGUACAUCGGAGGAACAUGACUGCCCUGCUGAGGAUGACCCUGAGGCUGUAGGUUCGAGGGAAUCCUCAGCAGAGGUGGGAGAGUGUGCGGGGGAUGAGAUGGGUCACCCUGCCACAGGGACUGGCAGGCAGGAGGAAGGGGAGGAGGUCACUGAAGGGCAUAGCACGUGGGAUGCAUUGGAAGAGUUUAUCAGCAUCGUGAAGGAGGAAGGCGCCAAGACGGACCAGCGGUCGGGAGCAAAGAGCAGGCCUCCCGUCCAGCAUGACAGGGUGGUCCCCAGUCCGACGGGAAGCCCCUCCAAAGGGAGCAAGUACAUGGUCGACCCCUUCAGACAGGACCUCCGCGCGGUGCCGUGGUUGAAGCACGUUGACAGGUUGCAGCUCAAGGCUCUGCAGAAAGCCCUGACUCGGGAGUUCGCCAUCAUCGAGGGCUCGCCCGGCACAGGGAAGACCUUUGUUAAACGGAUGCUAGUGCAGCUGCUGCUUCACAAUCAGGGGCUGUGGCAGAAUGCCGAGAGGCUGGGGCAGGGCAACACCAUCCUUGUCGUCUGCCACACGGACCACGAGCUGGACCUCUUUUUGGAAGGGCUCCUUGAGUCUUACUGCUGCAGUAUCGUGCGGAUUGGUGGGGUUUGCAAAAGCCAGCAACUUCAGCAGUUCACGCUGGAGAACGUUCGCAAGCAGAGGCUGCAGGCAACGUUGACGCCCCUGCAGAGACGCCGAUUCAAAGAGAUUAAAGAGAAGAUCGAAGUCACCAAGGCGAACAUCGCUGACUGCUCCAAGGUCCUGGAGAUGCUCCAGUUGGGAAUCCUGCGAGACGACGAGCUGGCCCCCGAAAUGGAGGCUGAUGCGAAGGAACUGGGGUUGCCCUCGAUUCCCCUCAGUGACUCGAAGAGCGGGGUUAUCCUGGACUGGCUGAAUAUACCCUUCCACCUCUGGUCUCCGAUGGACACGGACUGGAAUCCUGAACUGCAGGAUGUGGGCAGGGAACAGGCACAGGGAAGCACCAGUCCCAUCGACCACUGUCCACUGGGCCCAGUGCCAGAGGCAGCCACAUCAGCUAACUCCGACUUUGCGGCCUCUGACGAAGAGGAGGGUGAGUGGAAGUCGUCUCCGUGCAGCGCAGAGCAGUGGGCCAGUGAGAAGUUUGCCUGCAUCGUCGACGCCAACACAAGGGACCAGCAGGAGCUGGCCAUUCAAAGACACUUGACUGAUCAGAGCGUCAUGACCGCAGAGGAAGUGCAGAAGAUCGAGAGCGUGUGGGACCUGUCCCUGGAGCACCGUUGGCGCCUCUACAGGAGAUGGAGAACAGCCUACCAGGAUAAACUGAAUGCCUCCAUGAAUGAAAACCUGGAGCUGUAUGACAGUCUGGCACAGGACCUCUCUGUACUGGACCUCGAGGAAACAGUGAUGCUCUUGGGCGAGGUUGAAGUGGUUGGCAUGACGGCUCUAGGUACGGCAAGGCACAGGGCCCUGCUGCAGCAAAUCCAGCCACGGAUUGUGGUCUUCGAUGACGUGUCCAAGGUUCUGGAGGCCCAAGUAGUGACCACCUUCACUCCAGCCUGCCAACACCUCAUUAUGAUCGGUGAUCGACAGGUGAAACCAAAGGUGGUGGAUUAUGAGAACGCGGUCAAGAUGGGUCUGAACGUCUCGUUGUUUGAGAGGAUGAUUGAAAACCAGAUACCCUCUGUGCAGCUGGUUGAGCAGCAGCGAAUGCAGACCGAGAUCUCCCAGGUGCCCGCUGGUCUGUGAUCCGCUAUGAGGACUGAGGAUGUCAGGUUUAGAUGUGUCGCUUCGCUGGGAUCUUCCACUGCACUGGGUUCUGUGCUUUCAAUCGCUCCAACUCUCUUCUCGGAAGAUUCAGAAGACAUUCGGACACACGCUGAUACUGAAGUGUACUGGGGCGUUGUGCCUUGCUCAGUUACCGCUCUGCAGACUCUUUCCUUAUCAACGGCGGGUAAUCUCAUCCCCACUGUGGAUGGGGUCCAUUUUUUCUUCCAAAAAUAUACAAGUAUAUUUUAUUCUUUGUACAGGAAAUACAAUCAGUGGAUGUUUUUAUGUUCUUCAUUAAACAUCUCCAUACUCCGAGUCAGAAUCGGAUUUAAUAUCACUGGCACAGGUUGUGGAAUUUGUUGUUUUGCAGCAGCAAAGUACUUGCAAUACUUAGUAAUAAAAGCUAUAAAUUACAGUGAGGAAUAGUGUGUGUAGAUGUAGAUAAUGAUGUGCAAAAGGGGGACAAAAAAUAGUGAGGCAGUGUUCAUGGGUUCAUUGUAUAUUGAGAAAUCUGAUGGCGGAGGAGUAGAAGCUGUUCCUGAAAAGUUGAGUGUGAAUCUUCAGGCUCCUGUACCUCCUCCUCGAUGGCCAGUACUGGGUGAUGGGGUCCCUUUUAUCAGGCGUCACUUUUUCAGUGUGGAUCCUGGGGAGGCGAGUGCCCGGCUUACUUUGAAACUUUCUGCAGCCUUUUCUGAUGUUAUCCUCCAUUGCCCUGUGUCAAAGGCACUCUCUCUAUGCUUUAUCGUGUACCUGUGGAAUGUUCUGGGGCCUGUUUGUGGGCCCAGACCAUCGGUGUCAAGUGGCAGCUGUCAUCUUUUUCCCACAGCAGCCCAUCCGGUGGCUGCACAGGAUCGAUAAAAGCUGCAGAAAGUUGUAAACUCAGCCAGCUCCAUCCUGGACACCAACCUCCCCAGUAUCGAGGACAUCUUCAAAAUCUGAUGCCACAAAAAGGCAGCAGCCAUCAUUCAGGUCCCCAUCACCCAGGACAUGCCCUCUUCUCAUUGUUACCAUCAAGGAGGAGGUACAGGAGCCUGAAGACACCCACUCAAUGUGUCAGGAGCAUCUGCCAUCAGAUUUCUGAAUGGACAGUGAACCCAUGAACACUACCUCAGUAUUUUUCCCUUCUCUUUUGCACUACUUAAUUUAUAGAUGUGUGUUUAUUUUUUAAAAUUGUAAUUUAUAGUUUUUGUUUUUAUGUAUUGCACUAUAUACUGCUGCUGCAAAACAACAAACUUUGCGACAUGCCAGUGAUUCUGACCCUGAUCCACUGCUCAGCACGUUGUCCUGCAGCCUGGGCUACGUCCCCCAGCGAUCUCCCAACAAGACUUCCACCUUGCGGACCUGAUGGUGUUGGAACUGUGUUCACGCGACGACGACACCUUCUCCCAAUGAAGCAAUCCAGGUGAAGAGCAAACCGCCACAUCUGCUGAAAGAGUCAGCCAGUCAGGCAGCAUCGGAGGAGGAGAGGACGAGGGAGACAUAGGAGAGUGCAGAUGUUGGAAUCUGGAUGAACUCAACGGUUUACAUAGAAACAUAGAAAAUAGGUGCAGGAGUAGGCCAUUCGGCCCUUCGAGCCUGCACCGCCAUUUAUUAUGAUCAUGGCUGAUCAUCCAACUCAGAACCCCGCCCCAGCCUUCCCUCCAUACCCCCUGACCCCCGUAGCCACAAGGGCCAUAUCUAACUCCCUCUUAAAUAUAGCCAAUGAACUGGCCUCAACUGUUUCCUGUGGCAGAGAAUUCCACAGAUUCACCACUCUCUGUGUGAAGAAGUUUUUCCUAAUCUCGGUCCUAAAAGGCUUCCCUUCUAUCCUCAGACUGUGGCCCCUCGUUCUGGACUUCCCCAACAUCGGGAACAAUCUUCCUGCAUCUAGCCUGUCCAAUCCCUUUAGGAUCUUAUACGUUUCAAUCAGAUCCCCCCCUCAAUCUUCUAAAUUCCAACGAGUACAAGCCCAGUUCAUCCAGUCUUUCUUCAUAUGAAAGUCCUGCCAUCCCAGGAAUCAAUCUGGUGAACCUUCUUUGUACUCCCUCUAUGGCAAAGAUGUCUUUCCUCAGAUUAGGGGACCAAAACUGCACACAGUACUCCAGGUGUGGUCUCACCAAGGCCUUGUACAACUGCAGUAGUACCUCCCUGCUCCUGUACUCGAAUCCUCUCGCUAUAAAUACCAGCAUACCAUUCGCCUUUUUCACCGCCUGCUGUACCUGCAUGCCCACUUUCAAUGACUGGUGUAUAAUGACACCCAGGUCUCGUUGCACCUCCCCUUUUCCUAAUCGGCCACCAUUCAGAUAAUAAUCUGUUUUCCUAUUUUUGCCACCAAAGUGGAUAACUUCACAUUUAUCCACAUUAAAUUGCAUCUGCCAUGAAUUUGCCCACUCACCCAACCUAUCCAAGUCACCCUGCAUCCUCUUAGCAUCCUUCUCACUGCUAACACUGCCACCCAGCUUCGUGUCAUCCGCAAACUUGGAGAUGCUGCAUUUAAUUCCCUCAUCCAAGUCAUUAAUAUAUAUUGUAAACAACUGGGGUCCCAGCACUGAGCCUUGCGGUACCCCACUAGCCACCGCCUGCCAUUCUGAAAAGGUCCCGUUUAUUCCCACUCUUUGCUUCCUGUCUGCUAACCAAUUCUCCACCCACACCAAUACCUUACCCCCAAUACCGUGUGCUUUAAGUUUGCACACUAAUCUCCUGUUAUGGGACCUUGUCAAAAGCCUUUUGAAAAUCCAAAUAUACCACAUCCACUGGUUCUCCCCUAUCCACUCUACUAGUUACAUCCUCAAAAAAUUCUAUGAGAUUCGUCAGACAUGAUUUUCCUUUCACAAAUCCAUGCUGACUUUGUCCGAUGAUUUCACCGCUUUCCAAAUGUGCUGUUAUCACAUCCUUGAUAACUGACUCCAGCAGCCUCUGCGGGAGGAAAGAAACUGUCAUCAUUUCAGGUCGAACCCAGCAUCAGGACAAGAAGAAAUAAACACAAGAUCCUGCAGAUGCUGGAAAUCCAGAGCAACACACACAAAAUGUUGGAGGAACUCAGCAGGUCAGAUAACAUCUGUGGAAAUGAUUAAACCGUUGACGUUUGGGCCAAGACUCUUCAAGACUGGAAAGGAAGUGAGAAGACACCAGAAUAAGGUUGGGAAGGGGAGGAAGAUAGGUGAUGGGGAAGACAAGUGGGUGGGAAAGGUAAAGGGCUGGAGAGGAACGAAUCUGAUAGGAGAGGAGAGUGGACCACAGGAGAAAGGGAAGAAGGAGGGUUACCAGGAGCUGUCACCUACCUAUCACCUCCCCCUGGUGCCCACCUCCACCUCUUUCUCCCAUGACCUACUAUCUUCUCGUCUCAUAUUCCUGGCCCUUUAAACUUUCCCACCAAUCACAUUCCAGCUUCUUACUUCAUUCCCCUUCCCCCACUCACCUGGCUUCACCUUCUAGCUUGUUCUCCUUCCCCUCCCCCCACCACCUUAUUCUGGGUUCUUCCCCCUUCCCUCCUGUCCUGAUGAAGGGUCAGGGGCUGAAACGUCAACUGUUCAUUCGUUUCCAUCGAUGGUGCGAGACCUGCGGAGUUCCUCCGAGAAGAUACAAAGUUUUUUUUCUCUCCAGGCUGGUGACUGGUGAAACUUGGGAAGACCGUUUACAAAUCUACGGUAAAAGGAGAUACAUUCUGCGUAGUGUCAGUGUGCAAUAAACCCA